AGGUGGAUCCUGCCCCUGCUCCUGCUCAGCGCCGUCGUCUUCGACAUCAUCGCGCUGGCCGGCCGCGGCUGGCUGCAGUCCGACGACCACCACCAGACGUCCUCGCUGUGGUGGAAAUGCACCGGCGAGGGCGGCGGCAGCGGGUCCGCGGAGGACUGCCAGAGCCUCAUGGACUUCGCGUGGGGCAGAGCGGCCGCCGCCAUGCUCUUCUGCGGCUUCAUCAUCCUGGUGAUCUGCUUCAUCCUCUCCUUCUUUGCCCUCUGUGGCCCCCAGAUGCUUGUCUUCCUCAGAGUGAUCGGAGGCCUCCUGGCCCUGGCUGGUGAGUCUGUGUGUCCGCGGUCCUUCAUUCAUACAUUCAGCAGGCAUCAACAUAGUCACGGCCAAUUCCACACAGAAGAUUUGUGACAAUUUCAGUUUCUGAUCUGUCUUUGGAAGAUGUGUCACCAAGGGCGGUAAC